AUCUUGACUAAUCAAACCAAUUUUAAUAAACUUAAGUGAUCAAGUCAGCUACUCCAAUCAGCUAUUAAUCAUUUAUCAAACACCCACAAUUAUAUAUAUGCAUGUACUAGUAGGCAAUACAUCAUAUCAACACAACAUCAUUUUCAAAAAGAAUCAAAUUCUCUUCUACUAGCAUCGGGUAGUAUUUUCCCAAUCUUUUUUUUUUCUUUUACGAAAAAGAUAAGGAUUAAGUGAGAUUCGAUCUCAAAUCAUUUUCUUAAAAAAACGAUAUUUACUUCAAUAGAGAUAAAAUCCGAUUCUCUCUUCAAUCUGCAUUUAAUAAUUUAAUACCAUGCAUUAUUAUUCCUAGGUAGCUUAACUUAGCUCUUAUAAGCUUGCUUGUUCAAGACUUCAAUUAAUGCUGAUAGCUAGAAAAAGAUAAAAUGGGGAGUAAUAAUAAGCAAUCAAGAUUAGUAGAAUUAGGAAGCAUGAUAAUAUUCACAAUCUUAGACAUUGUUGAUUCAAUAUUAUGCAUAGUGUACGCUUAUAUUGAUCACUUCUUGGAGACGGACACGCCGUCUCCCUGCUACUGCCUGCAAACCUCUGUCUCAGAUUCAGAUUCAGACUCAGACUCACUAUAUGGGAGGAUCAGAAAGCCUAAUUCUUUCAGAAAAUUGGUUGGUUUUAUAAACCCCAACAAUAAUAAUAGCAACAACAGGAUUUUGCAUAAAUCUAUUAGAAAUCAUGAUUCUACCAAACGUACUUGUUGGUCAGAUUGUAGUUGUGCUUCUUGUGCUGCUUGGAUUCACAAUAAUUAUAAUGAUGCUCAUCGCCUUCGCCUCCAUGUGGUUGUACAACAACCAGAAGAGAAGAAAGUCAUAGAAAAUGUGAUAUUCUUGCAUGGAUUCAUGUCUUCCUCAUCAUUUUGGACAGAAACAAUAUUCAGUCAUUUCUCUGAUCAUACAAAAAACAAGUACAGAUUAUUUGGUGUUGAUUUAUUGGGAUUUGGGAAAAGUCCCAAACCAAGAGAGUGUUUGUAUACACUGGAAGAUCAUUUAGAAAUGAUUGAGGAAUCAAUCAUUUUUUCUUUUAAAUUGAAUUCCUUUCAUUUAGUUGCACAUUCAAUGGGCUCCAUUCUUGCAUUAGCUUUGGCAGCUAAGUAUCCUGAUUCUGUCAGAUCCAUAACCUUGAUUGCACCUCCUUACUUCCCUACUUGUGAUAAAGAAGAAGAAGAAGAAGCGAGCCUAUUUAUGUUGAGGAAAGUAGCUUCAAAAAAGUUGUGGCCACCAUUAGUUUUUGGUACAUCAUUAAUGUCUUGGUAUGAGCAUUUGGGUCGAACCGUAUGUUUCUUCAUUUGUAAAUACCACAGAAUUUGGGAAUUUCUUUUGAAGCUCCUCACUCGUACAAGGGACCUUCAUUUCUUGAUAAUGGACUCAACUAAGCAUACCCAUCAUUCAGCUUGGCAUACCAUGCAUAAUGUUAUUUGUGGAAGUGCAAAGAAAAUGGAAGAAUAUUUAGCAACAUUACAAAAAGCAAGGCUUAAAGUUAUAGUGAUCCAUGGUGAAGAAGAUCAAAUUGUCCCAAUUGAGUGUAGCUAUAACAUUAAAAUCAAAAUUCCAGAUGCAGAUAUUAGAAUUAUACCCAACACUAAUCAUAUUACUGUUGUACUUGCCCAAAUUAAAGACUUCACUCAACAACUAGAGCUUAUUUGGAUGUAAUAUCUACUUUUUUAUUAAUCAGUACGAGACUAGAGUUGCAUGAUCUAUACCUCUCUGAGAACCUGAUUAAGGAUAAGGAAUUGUUAGAGGCACUUUAUUCAUGUCUUAGACUACUGAAACCUUUCGCUUACCAGUUGGUGUUCUUAUUUUUGUCUUUGCCUUUUACAUAUCAUUCUUUUGCUCGUUUUUUACCUAGUUAUUUUUAGUUUUAUUUAUAUGUAUUUUAUUUAUUUCUAACUUUAUGAUUGAGGGCCAAGCUUGUAUAAUAAGAUGGAAGUUGACGGAUUCAGUUUCACUCACUUCUUUUCGUAUCAGAAACCUAUCGUUUUGAGGAUCAAUCUAGAUUUGGGGGACUCUUUGGCCGCAUCCUCCUUAAUGGGUAUGGAUUGCCGCCUUCCUUCUCUCCUCAGACACUGAUCAUAGUUUUCUAUGGGCAGAAUACACCGAGUACAAUGAUGAUGAUGAUCUUUUGGGUUGUGUUCUUAUGGGCAGAAUACACCGAGUACAAUGAUGAUGAUGAUCUUUUGGGUUGUGUUCUUAUGGGCAGAAUACACCGAGUACAAUGAUGAUGAUGAUCUUUUGGGUUGUGUUCUUAUGGGCAUAAAUUUAAGCUAUGUGGGUCGGUCUAACACAAUAAGAGGGUUAGUGAUUAUGGAACGUGUUAGUAUUUGGCUAAUGACAAGUUUAUCUAACGAUAAAUGGUGGAGUCUAAGAGCUCAAAUUAGGUUCUAGUUAAGGAUGAAAAGUUUUUCUAAUAUUCCUUUACCGUUUCUAGGUUUAGAAGUUUUAUAUUAGCUAUCUUAAAUUAGAAUCGAAGUUUUCUUAGCCUCAAGCUCUUGCCAUGACCUUCAACUUGUUGUGCGACAGCGGAAGCAAAGAUCGAAAACAAUAAUGAAACAAUAAAGAUUGAAACAAACAAUAAAGAAAAUCACAUCGAGAAAUUAACGUGGUUCACUAUCAACGUGAUAGCUACAUCCACCGGCACCGAGAAUAAACUUUUCACUAUAAACCGGGAGAUUACAAGAUGAACUCGAGAAACCACAACAAUGGCUCUCCAAGAUUUUUCUCUCUUAGUUUUCCUCACUUUGUGUUUUGCAUUGCGUCUUUUUCUAAUUCUAAUUACUUGGGGCCUUUAUAUAGUAUACCUCAUAAUAAAAAGAAAUUAGGGUUAAGAAAAUACAAAAAACCGUCAAAGACUAAGAGUAACCGGCCAAAAACGUGCCAAGAAACCGCCAUUACGCGAGCCGUGUAAACUACGCGAGCCGCAAAUCAGAGGCAGAACACACUCCGCGUCCCGCGGACUGGGACAGCAGAUUCUCCGCGCCCCGCGGACCUUCCUCUGCCUGGCAACUUGUUCGAGUCACUAUAUUUCAACAAUCUCCACCUUUACGAGAACACGUAGUCAACAACUACCUCAUCAAACCAUAGUGAAGCAAAACCAUUUUCAAGCCAAACCCGAUGCAAAGCUCAAACAUAAGCCAUACAUCCCGACAAGUCUCCAACCAAGACCCAUCUCGAUAAGUCUUCAACUAAGACCCAUCACAUACUCGUUUCCAAGUAUAACAACUCAUAACGCUCAACUAGCAUCACAAGUUCACUCAUAAUGCUCCAUCUGCAUCACGAGUACACGAGGCAAGCUCCACCUUGAGGUUGUGCACACCUCCACCUGUGAGCUCCCUCACACCGCCCCUAAGGGCCUAUGCUAAUGAAUCCAGCAUAGUAAAGAAUCUACUAGGACUGUCAGACCAUCCUACCUUCUUUACCUCUAUCUUCAUGUACGUGCAUUCCGAAUGAAAUCUGACUACACUGUGCUUCUCCCAAACAUCAAGUACCAGAUCACUAAACACACAAUCGUAGUACACAAAAGCCAACCAAGGUUGAUCACAAAGAACCAUCACCGAGAUCAAGACAUAAUCAAACUCAGCGAACACAACCUAAGCUUUAACCGAUGUAACAAAGCACUUAAUAUCAUUCCCGUACAUAAGAAACACAACAGCUAAUCCAAGCAAACCGUAGAGAGAACAAAUCUCUACCUGCCAGUGCCCUCACCCAGGUUGAGUCACAAACCUACAAAUGACACUUCUAGCAUGCGCAAAACAAGUACACAUCACAACAUACUUCAAACACCGAACCAUUACUCUAGACAUGUAGACCGACUUAGUCUCAAAAUGAGGUGAUGUAAUUGAGCUAUGUAACACUACCAGUCCAUACAACAGUUCCCACACUCUGCUCAUAUGUAAAGUCAUAGCAAGCCAUUGCGUCCGCUCACUAUACUCUACUACGUGCUCAUAAGUUGGUGGUCCAAGUGACUCCACAAAAUUGGCUACCAACCUUGCCAAUCCCACAAGGUUCAAUGCAUAACUUACCACACUUACAGCAACCAAAACAACACUCCCUACAGCCAACCUAUUAGACUUCUCGAGAACACAUAUAGGCUUUUUUUGAAACCCUUUAGAU